AUGGAAAAGCAAGAAGCUUUGGAGACUACGGUUACUCGGCUCUCCAGCGACAUCAAGGUUUUACAAUCUUCGCAUGAAAAUUUAAAGUCGAAUCUAAAAGACAAUAGUUAUGAAUGGUGGCAGCUAUCUAUAGAUAAUUGGCUUUAUCCUAAUGACAAAAUUUAUGAAGAAUAUAUUCGGAAAGAGCUUGAAGAUCUUUGCCCAGACAAAAUGGAACGGUACAAAAAAAGUUCUAGAUGGGAGGCAUUGUAUAGCAAGAUUGAAAAUUCGGUAAAUAACAAUACUUUAUUCGGGUCUUUUCGUCGUGCUGUGUUUGAGCAUGUCUUUAAAAAUAAGAUUUCACAAGCUGUCAAUUCAGAAAAUUCUGAAGCUGAAAUUAUUUCUUGGAAAUCAAGCGAAGAG